CUCUCUCCCCCGCGAAGCCCAAGGCUGACAGGGCGGGCGGGUCCUGCUCUCUCAGAGGCGGGUUUUCCGCAAAAGGGUUUGGUUGAUUUGCUAUCGAUCUGAGGAAGAGAGGAGAGGGGAGGAUUCUUAGGUGAAGCCUGGAGAGAAAGAGAGAGAGAGAGAGAGAGAGAGAGAGAGAGAGAGAGAGAGGGGGCGAGAGAGAGAGAGAGCGGAGCCGAGAUUUAUUGCUACAACAAGACUAAACUCAACCAGGACGGAAUAGCGCUGCUAGAGACAGGAAAUCUGAUGCAGGGGGCGAAGAAGGAGUGAAAGUGUUUGGUGGAAGGACUGCUAUUUUUCAAUCGCUACUGUUUUUCCCUUAUCCCCCUCCUCUCCCUUUCUUUCCAUUCCUCCUCCCUGACCGAUCGCAUUCCGCGUAGAUUCUGCACUUUAAUGCCCCUGCGCACCCGAGGAGUGGAAGGAGAGAAGAGCGAGGAAGGAGAGAAAAGCGAGGAAGGAGAAGAGAGCGAGGGAGAAGGAGAGCAGAGGCCCGACUUUAACGGAAACCCCGCCGCCGCACCUCACCCCUCUCCCCCGUGGCUGCCUGUCCCCUCUCCCCUCCUGGCCCUGCAUGGACGGGGAUGGGGAGAGCCGGAUGUUGUUACCGCGGGGCUGAGCGCCUCGCAUCCUCGCCUUCCCUGCGGGCGCUGCUGCUGCUGAUCGUCGCUCUCUGUUACGGGGCGCACAGAGGUCAUUGCCAGGUGGCCACCCCUCAGUGUCGUAUCCAGAAGUGCACCACAGACUUUGUGUCCCUGACGUCUCACCUGACCCCAGCGCUGGAUGGCUUUGACGUAGAGUUCUGUAAGGCUCUGAGGUCCUACAGCGCCUGCACCCAGAGGACAGCCAAGUCCUGCAGGGGCAACCUGGUCUUCCACUCUGCCGUCCUGGGCAUCUCAGACCUCAUGACCCAGAGAAACUGCUCCCGUGACGGGCCCACCUCCUCCACACACCCCGAGAUACAAUCAGAGCCCUGCAACUACCACAGCCGUACCCAGUACACUCACCCACACGCUCAUGCACACCCUCACUCUCACACGCACACUCCCACGCGGCCGGGUUACCUGUUCUGCGGGCUGUUUGGGGAUCCCCAUCUGCGGACGUUUAAGGACAGCUUCCAGACCUGCAAGGUGGAAGGGGCGUGGCCGCUGAUUGAUAACGACUUCUUGUCUGUGCAGGUGACCAACGUUCCUGUGGUAACGGGAUCCAGCGCCACAGCGACCAAUAAGAUCACCAUCAUAUUCAAGCCCUUUGAGGAGUGUACAGACCAGCGUGUGUACCAGGCAGUAACAGAUGACCUGCCCGCUGCCUUCGUAGACGGUACCGUGAGCAGCGGAGACCCCAACCAUAACGUUAACGGAAAUAACGGUGACUCUACCGGUAAGGUACGGGCGCUGUGGAUCUCGGAGCGUAGCCCCGGUCACCACGUGGAGCUGCACGCCGGCUACAUCGGCGUGACGGUUAUCGUACGACAGCUGGGGCGCUACCUGACCCUGGCGGUGCGCAUCCCGGAGGAGAUGGCCCAUGCCUACGACGCUACGCAGGACCUGCAGCUCUGCCUGAACGGAUGUCCCACCUCGGAACGCAUCGACCGGGGAGGUCACCUGUCCCUGCCUCUCCCUCUACCACCUCCAGCCCUGGGCUUACAUCUCCAGCAGCCACACGGCCAGGGCCAGCCCUCCCACACGGCUCCCUACAACGCCCCCCAGAGGUUCAGUUUGGAGGGUGCACGGGCACGCUGCAGGGAGCAGCUGGAGUUACAGGAUAUUUAUUUCCACUCAUGUGUGUUUGACCUCCUGACCACCGGGGACGCUAACUUCACGGCAGCAGCGUUCAGUGCUCUGAAGGACAUGGAGAGUCUCCACCCACACCGUGAACGCUGGAGGAUCUUCCCGCAAAGCUCCGCCGACACCUCCCAUCCUAUCACAUGGCUCCUACUGCUCACUCUCUUUGCGCUCAGUUCUGCACUGGUAUAGCGUUUGUGUGUGUGUGUGUGUGUGUGUGUGUGUGUGUGUGUGUGUGUGUGUGUGUGUGUGUGUGUGUGUGUGUGUGUGUGUGUGUGUGAGAGAGAGAGUAUGUGUGUGUGUGUGUGUGUGUGAAAGAGAGAGUAUGUGUGUUCAUAUAGAGCCCCUAGCUGAGCUGUAGGAUAAAGUUCCCUAUUGAUGCAGAUCUAAGGUCAGUUUUGUGUUUUCCCCUAAUGGUUAUGAUUGAUGUGGGUAAACUAAGCUGAUCCUGGAUCUGUGUCUAAGAGAAACUUCUAACCAGAGCCCCUCUGGAGAUUUCACUUGUUCUUCUUCUUGGUGAAAAGAGAAUAGUUGACUGAACACCCUGAGGCAUAUUACUGCCAUAAAGGAGUCCACAGCUGGAAUCUGAACAGAUUCCACGACACUCCUGUGUUCUUCCCAUCUCUGCUGUGUGGAACCUAGCAGGCUUCCACAUUAUGAGAUUAUGACCUGUCUAUAUUUGAGGAUUACCAACCAACACUCCAACUUGUGUGUGUAUAUUGUAGAAACACACUCCAGACUGUAAAUAGUGUGUGUGACGUAUCCUGGAACGCUGGAUGGCGUUGUUUUGCUUUUUAUUUUUGCGUGAUUUUGUUGUGAUAGUUUUUUUUUAUACCUCAUAGACAGAGGGAGUUGUUUUAAGAGAAGCACUUUAUUUAGAUUUUUUGCUAAAUCCACACCAGUGUUCCCCCUCUCCCCUUUCAACCCCACCCCCUCACUCUCUUCCCCUUCCACCCCCCACUCUCUUCCCCUUUCAACCCCACCCCCUCACUCUCUCCCCCUUCCACCCCACCCCA